CGAGCCGGCGGCGGCGGCGGCGGCGAGGCCGAGCGGGGCUGCGGUGCCUUUAAGUCCGCACCGGCGGGUGACGCCACCACCGCCCGGGACAGGGAGCCUCGGCGCCGGCCACAGCAGCGCGAGCGGCCCCAGCACCCCCGCCGCGAUGGAGCCGCCGCCGCCGCCGCCGCCGCCGCGCCGGAGCGCCGCCGGGAGGAGCAGGCAGGCGCUGCCCAGGGGCCGAGCGGGAGAGCCGGCCGGCUGGCGCAAGGUGAGUCCGCAGAGGGAUUUAGGGCACCCGGGGCCGCCCUCCCCACUCCCCGCGCAGCCCACCCCUCCUCGAGGGAGCCUUGUGGGGCUGGCCUCCCCAGGGGUCUUCUCUCCCGCCGCCGUGCCCUUUGUCCCGGAAGGAGCCAUUCGUUACCAGCCGGAGGGAUCGAGUGGGGUCUCCUACGUCGGAGGGAACAUGGCCAGCGGGACGCGGACGGAUUCCCUGGGCGAAGCGUUCCACACUCGGCUGCAGCCGGACGGGUCACGUCGACGAGCUGAGGCGGAACCCCACGAAAAGGCUGCUGGGGGCAGACCAAUCCCGCCUCUCUCCUUGGAGAUCAGCAGAGUCCAGCCGGAGGGCUCGGGGCCCUCUGGGUACAACACCCCAACUUUACGGUCUCCGGUAGAGCUGCGGCCUUUGUCUCCUGGAUCGGGCAGCUCCUCUUCGCUCUCCAACCUCUCCCCCUCCAUGAAACUGAGCCAGUCCCCAAGCAGGGGGGCCCUUCCUGACCUCUGCGCCUUGGACCCCCUGACGUCUGGGAUUCUGGCCACCAUGGAACGGAAGGAGUCCCUCCCCAAGGCCGAAUCCAGCGACCACAUUUGCCUGAGCCGGCCAAGCUCGUCCCACCGGUUGGGCUCUCUUUCCAAAGCCAUCUCCAGCGAGUACCUCUCGGGGGGCAGGGUGGGGCCUUCCAAAUCUGCCAUGCUCGCCAAGGCCGAGUCGGAGGAGCUGCCCACCUACUCCAGGGUCCGUCUAUCGCCCCAGUUGCAAGACCCGUGGAGCAGCAGCAGCGCCAACCGCACGGAGAACUUCCUGGAAAGGUUCGGCCGGCCACAAACGAGGCAGGACAAGGAGUUUCGCAUCACAGUGGUCACGUGGAACGUCGGCACCUCCAUGCCACCCAGCGACGUCACCUCCCUCCUGCACCUCAACCCUGGAGACUCUUCUGACAGUGACAUGAUCGCUAUUGGGUUGCAGGAGGUGAAUUCCAUGAUCAACAAACGCCUGAAAGAUGCGCUCUUCACCGACCAGUGGAGUGAACUUUUCAUGGAGGUGCUGAGCCCCUUUAAUUUCGUCCUGGUGAGCACGGUACGGAUGCAAGGAGUCAUCCUCUUUGUCUUUGCCAAGUACUACCACCUGCCUUUCCUGCAGGACAUCCAGACCGACUGCACCCGGACGGGCCUCGGGGGUUACUGGGGCAACAAGGGAGGCGUGAGCGUCCGGCUCUCCAUCUUCGGGCACAUGGUUUGCUUCUUGAACUGCCACUUGCCGGCACACAUGGAGAAGGCGGAGCAGCGGAAGGAGGACUUCACCACAAUCCUCCAUCUGCAGCAGUUCGAGGGGCCCUCGGCCAACGGCAUUCUUGACCACGACCUCAUCUUCUGGUUUGGGGAUCUCAACUUCCGCAUCGAGACCCUGGACAUCCGCUACGUGAAAUACGCCAUCGACAACAACAUCCUCCAUCAGCUCUGGGAGAAGGACCAGCUUAACAUUGCGAAAACUACGUGGCCCAUCCUGAAAGGAUUCCAAGAGGGGUUCCUCAAUUUCCCCCCGACCUUUAAAUUUGACGUGGGAACUAACAUGUAUGACACCAGUGCUAAAAAGAGGAAACCAGCUUGGACGGACCGUAUCCUAUGGAAGAUCAAAGGUGGGGCCCACCCAGUGCAUUCUGGGAGAUCCAGCAGUGGGAACCUGACUGUGACCCAGCUCUGCUAUUGCAGCCAUAUGGAGUACACUAUGAGCGACCACAAACCCGUGGCCUCCAUUUUUGCAGUACAGUUUGGUUCCCGAGCUGAUGUGCCACUGGUGGAACUCCAAGUGGCCGACGAGUGGACCAAGCCGGAGCAAGCUGUGGUCCACUACAGAACUUCUUCGGCUUUCCACCGCAGUUCCUGGGAUUGGAUCGCAAUCUAUCGGGUGGGUUUCCGGCAUUGCAAGGACUACAUAGCCUAUGUAUGGGCCAAGCAGGAAGAUGCAGAGAGCCACCUCUACCAGGUAAGGCUAUGGGAGCAAACGGAGGUAGGUUAAAAGGUUUAGUCUCAGG